AGUAAGUUCAUUUAUUGUUUGCAAGUUAUUGGAUAACAACAAAAAAAAUAUUUUGAUAGUUUGUAAAUAUUUUUAUGAAUUGAAAAAAAGAUCUUACACAUGAGUAAAUUGAGACAUUUGUGAUUAAUCAGACAAUUGAUUAGUUUUUAUCAGUGAAGAAGUGUUUGCAUGGAUUACAUUCAAAAAUCCAAAGUCUAACCUCGACAGUGUGAAUUGUAUCCAAAUAAGGAAAUCCCGCCAAAAAACUGUAACAUUGUGGGAUGAGAUGUAACAAAACUUUCUGUCAGAAUAAAUUAUAAAUAAGUUAAUAAAAAUGAUUUCGUUCAAUUCAUAUAAAGCUGCACAGGCAUCUUCAUCAAAUUCAAUGUCUAGUACAGAAAAUUCGCCAAAGAAAUAUAAUCUAUUAUUCUCCUUCAACUUUGAUGAAAAUGAAGUUGACAGUGAUAAUUCUACGGAUUCAGAAAAUGCUGAUCUCCGAAUAGAUGUAGCUGAGAUGGAUGAUAUUGAACAGCCCAAAAAACGAAGAAGAGCAGAAGAAUAUGAAAUAUCAGUACUAAAUGAAAUGGAACAAGAACUCGAAAGACAGCUAGAUGCUAAGGCAGCUAAAACUAACUUGACAGCUACAAAUGUUAAAAAUAUUCUUAAACACGUUAUUACUAAUGAACAUGUUCUUGCCAUGGUUCAAAAUAGACUUCAUAAUACUGAAGACAAUGUUGUUUUUGAGCCUAAGUUGACCAGAGCAAAAGCAAAGGAACUAGCAAAAACUCAACCGAACAUUCCUUGGCCUAUGACUCCAGUAAAAAAGUUACCAUCUUCAGAAGUCCAAGCUUUAAUCGCAGAUGAAUUAAGUGAAGACUCUUCAGAUGAAGAGUAUAAACCUGAAGAACCAGAUCCUCAAAGUGAAGAUGAAGGCGAUGGUAAUUUGACAAGUGAUUUAGAUUCUCAACCACCAACGCCAGUAGUGGCUUCUGGGACUGGUCCAGUAGAACAGCAAACUUUAACUGCUGCUGAUAUUAAUUAUGAUGUUGAAGGAGUAUUUAAAAUUCCGAAUGUUCCUCAUGUGCCUACUGAAGAAGAAAGCAUUGGACACAGAACACGUUCAAAACUAAGUCUAAAUGAAACUUCUAUAGAACAAAUAGAACAAUCUUUUAUACCUCCAGACAUCACAACUGAUAUGUAUGAUUGGGAUGGCGAUAUUGAUGAGGAAUGGGAUAAAUUUUUAAAAGAAUUUACAAAACCUCUUCCUCAUGAGCCAAAUGUUGAUGACGAUCCAGAAGCUGAUCCGGAAUAUAAUAUAUUAGAAGACCGCGAAUCAGAAUUAUUGGACAAAGAAGAGCUUCGAGUAGAUAAUGGAGUUAAAGUGACACGAAAAGAAUUGAACGACUUAGUCGCAGAGCUAUUUGAAUUUGAAGAUAUGUUUUCUAAAGGACAGAUUGAACAGCCGAAGAAAAAAAAAUCAGCAGAUAAUAGUAUGAAUUCUACAACAAGCAAUCCAGUAAAUAAUUCUAUGAUAGAUCUUAUACCAGCUUUAGCAGAACCAGAACUACCAGAGCUCGUAGAUUCAAAGUUACGUUCACUUUUAGCUGUUCAAUUUGAACAACACGUCCAAUUAAUGACCCAACAUUAUGUUAUGAGCUAUAUGCAUCCAGAAUUUCAUUCUCAAUCAAUUAUAUGCAAAGAAAAUUUAGAAAGUAUAAGAAUUCUUCAAGAUGGUGAACAUUCAGCUUUCAAUGUAAAGAAUCUUGAUGCAGCUCUGACAUUAAUUAGCAAUUGGGAAGCUAAAUUCGAAGAUGAAAAGUUUCAUGCACGCUUUUUAGAUAAUUUACAACAAGAAAUAAAAUUAGGCGAAAAAAUGUUCAAAAAUCGAUUAAAAUAUUAUGGGGAACUAGAUCCAUCAAUACGCAAAUUAUUUUUGGAAAGUGAAGCACUAAUGUACCCGGAAUUGUUACCAAUUACUACGUUUAGAACCGAAAUCGUAAACACUAAGAGAACUCCAUAUUUACCAUCAGAGAAACGAUUGCUGUUGCUUGGUCUUUCUGAAUUUAUUCCAUUUGUUGAAGCACAACACACCAAAUUUAAAGGAAUGACAUUGGUUUUACAACGAGCCACUGGAUUAAUUCACCAAUAUUUAAUGCCUAACAGAUCACCUGAAGCUCUUAGGUCAUAUAUAACAGCUUGUUGUCGAUUGAAAACAGAUAAUCCUAUAAAGAAGUUUUUUGAAACGCGACAAGUAUCUUCAAGAAUUCAUUGUAUAGCUGAUGAUUAUGAAAUGAAAGCCCCUAAGGAUCAUCCUAUUUCGUCAUUACCAAUGGUUUAUCAAAAGCACAUUGAAAAAGAAAAAAAUAAAAAAUAUGAUUCAUUGGAGUCUUUAGUUUCUGAUCUAUCUAAUUCAAAAACAGAUUUUCUAGUAGAUGAAGAUUUACUAACACACACCGUUAAUAUGAUGCCCAGUAUGAGCUUGCGUGAGACGGGGAAGAAAAGUGGAAGGUUAAGUGCAAUAACUGAGAAUGUAGAAAAUAAAGAAAGUACCUCUGAUGAAACAUCACAGCAAAUGAGAAAGACUACACCACGCUUGGCAAAAACUAGAAGUGUACAAAAUAUGAAAUUAAAGAGUCAAAUAUCUGGAUCUAAAAAUUCACAAACUACUGAAGCAUUAUUUAAAUCGAAUACAAAAAAUGAAUCACUUUCAACUCCUGAAGAACCUGCUGGAUCUACCAAAGGGGAUAAUGAAGAUGAAAUUGCUGAGUUAAUGUUGGCCAGCACAACAAUAAAAAAAGAUACUGUAAACAGGAAAAAGGCCAAACAAGUUAGAGAAUCGGAAAAUAUAAAAAGAAUGCUGGAAGCUGAAAAAGAAUUAGGACAAGAAGAACGAGCAACAAAAUUUGCAGCCUCUUUUAUGCAGAAGCUACACAUGACUUUAGAAUCAAGUAAUCCGGAAUUGUUACGAUCAGUUAUUAAAUUAUAUUUAGAGUAUAGCGAGAAGCUUGAGAAGAGUGAGACUGAAAGUGAUAACAAGACUAAUAAUCAAAACGAAAAGAUGUCGAUAGUUCGAGAAGCUCAUGACCGAUUAGCAAUAAACCUCUACAAAGAUGUUUGUGAAGUACUUAAAGAUCAUCCAGAAAUGUACACUGAUUUUUUACUUUUUCUCAAGCCUCACCAAGCUGCAAUGAUUGAUAAAUUAGUGGAACAUACAAUGCUUCAAAAAAUGCUUGACUUUAUUAAUGCUGCUCAGGUUUAUUUUGCCAAACAACCUUCAAGAAUGGCACGAGUAAUGCAAGCAAUCACUCAACUAGCUACAGAACCAAAUGUAACUUUGGAAACAGUUCAUGCAACAAUGGAUCCAGUUUUGAAAGGACAUCCAUUGAUUAUGGAUAUGUUCCAACAAAUAAUUCCAAGUGGAAAGCCACCCGAAAGUUUAUUUGCCGCAAGUUUAUUCGAAAAUUUAACAUGUCCUGUACUUCCUCAUGACAAACAUCGAACAUUUUCUGAAGAUGCUCCUGAAUUAUACGAAAACAUUGAACUACCUACGCCAACAACUCAAGAUGACCCUUAUGGAGGUGAUAAUUGUAAAUGUGACUGUCACGAGACAAAUGAUUCUCAAUCAAAAACUGUCAGUGAGCACUGCAUUUCUUGUGGAGUGAGAUUUUUAAAUGGACGGGUGUAUCUUCAAACAUCUGAAGGUUUAAGACCAGCUAAAGUCACGUUUCCAGGUGAUGAUGACGAGAAAUUCGAAAAUAUCGCCAGAGUUUCUCUGAAAACAACUGAAAAAUUUGUACCAGCUCCUCCAACAGGUAGAAGACGAAAAUCUUCAAAAAAUGACUUGAAUACAGAAGAAGUUGCACAAAAACAAUGUCCACUAAAGAGUUCUCCAGUUAAAGAUAAUGAUGAUGGUGACAGGGGUACAUUAAAAACUAAAAGAGGAGUGAAGUCUCCUCCUAAAGUCAUGGAUCAAAGAAGGUACUCGAAAUCGUCAGAAAUUAACAGCAACUCUAUAUCUUCUGUGCAUUCUCAUACUGAAGUUACGUCACCUUUGAAAAGUAAACGUGAAAAACGAGCUGAAAGAAGAGAAGCAAAAACCGAAUCUAAAUCUACAGUAGAUUUGAAUAAUAAAUUUAGUGAAACAGCUAUGAUCUCAAAUGAUCAAGAAGAAUGCACAUUCAAGAAUAGUGAUAAUACUGAAGAAUUUAAUAACCCAAUUGAUAAUGGUAAUGUUGAAGGUUGUAUUGGUAUUGAAGUCGAUGAUAUAAAUUUUAAAUCUACUGCAGAAACUUCAAUAAAGUCAGAAGUUGUAGUUAAUAAUAAACCCUGGACAAGGCAAGAAGAUGCAUUAUUGCUUCAAAAUAUUCAGGAAGAUUAUUCAGAACGUACUUUCGUUAAAGUUAGUGAAACGCUUGGCAAUCGUACAGUGCAACAGGUCAAAGAACGCUGUCAAAUACUCCUUUCACUGCUCGAAAAAAUGGUCGAAGAUUAGAAAAAUUUAUGAUAUAUAGAGAGAAAGAACUGUUCAUAAAAAGAUAAUUUAUUUGUUUAAAAAAAUUUUUAAUAAAUAUAUUGAAGUUGA